UUAUUCGGUUUGGAAAGAAGCAUCGGCUCGCUCCGCCAAGCUUCGUGUAGUGGGAGCAGGGCUCCCCACCAAAAGUUCCAUCUUUCGUUACCAUUGUUUGUCUGUUCGACAUUUGGACUUGGUCGCUCCUGCAGUUUAGUCAGGCCUGAUUGGUCACGGAUAGGAGGUAUAAUGCCAAAGCGCGGAACCAGGAACCCUCCAGCUAACAGGCCCAGACCCUCAUUACCACCUGGUCAGACACAGACAUUGGAGCUGACUCCAACUCCUAUUAGUAAGCCGCCGCCUCCGAAACAGUCCUCCGGUCUCUUCAACCAGGUGGCCUCCACCGCCGCAGGAGUAGCCGUGGGCACUGUUGUUGCUGACGCAGUCACAAAUUCACUGUUCGGAGGAAGCGAGGGUGGAGCCGUCGCCGCAGAACCAAAUCCGUCCGCCGUCCUUCAACAGCAACAACAGCAGCAGGCGCCGCCUGGAACAUGUAGCCUGGAGGUUCAAAAGUUUUUGAAAUGCGCGGAGGGGCAGAGCGACCUCUCACAGUGUCGGGGGUACAAUGAUGCGGUGCGCCAGUGCAGGAAAAACAACAAUUUGGGGCCAUAGGUAGCUCUUCCGACUUUACACCUACUAGUUUUGACUCCUACUGGAAGAAUUUCAGAAGCAAUACCUACAUUAUGCUGAACCAGAAUGUAAUACAAGACUCGAAAGUAACGACAGGUUAUCAGCUAUGUUCGGAACCCAUGUUAAAUACUGUUAAACAAUAAAAUUAUUACUGCAACAUGUUUUUGAUUAA